AUGAAUCCUCCACAGCCUCCACAUUUCAUUGUAUUGAAUUCUUCAAGAAAUUGUUUAUUACCAUUUGUGGAUGGUUAUAAAUACAUUCCAACUGAUUCGAAAAGAAUCGUUUUUAAAUGUGCAAUUGUUGGCUGUCGUAAAAGAAUUAAAGUUGAGUAUCAAGGUAGUGCAAUGGUAAACGCCACAGAAACUGGAUGUAUGAAAGAUUUACCGCACGAACAUGAUUCUACAUCAUAUUAUGAUACUUUGUGCUCUUUAAAAAUGAAAGAAACAGCCAAAAGUAUUAAUUUUAAAAACAAAACUACCGCUGAAAUUGUAGUAGACAAUUAUGUUCAAGGCUCCGUUAAAAGACUGUCUGCUUGUGCAAGAACCAUUCGAUUGGAAAAGGAAAUAGCAACAAAUCCAUCAAAAAUUGAAGAAAUUACUUUUACUGAAGAAGAAAUGACAUUUCUGUUGUUUAGAGACGAAGACAUGUUAAUUUUUGGAAACAGGAAUUUGUUUGAGUUUUUCAUCAAUGCAAACGUGAUAAUGAUGGAUGGGACCUUUAAAUCGUGUCCUAGUUUGUUUUAG